ACUCAUGGUACGGGUAGAGGAAGACGAUGAAAUGUCAGUAGAUGUACAAUAUCAAAGGGUAGGUAGGUAAGCAAUGGCAACCCUUAUUUUCAAUGAAUAUUAGCGAUGUUGAUAACGGGAUAUAUGAUCGCUGGGAAUUGAAUAUUGUAUUUGCAUAUUUAAGCCCACUAUUAUUUCAUUACAAGCAUGAUACGCCUGUUUCUUUUGUUUUUGGCAAUUAACCAUGCCUUAACCAUGGCGUUGCCGAUAGAUGAGAUAUCAGAGGAUACUUCAGAGAAACGUGCACCCAAAUUCAAGCGUAAAUUGACGGAUAUUAUGAUAAAGCCGGCCGGGAACUUCGUUCGUCUUAAAUGUCCUGCGGAUGGUAAUCCAAUGCCCAACGUAACUUGGUCAAAGAACAAUGGUCCUAUAUUGGAGACAUCCUACUUCGCGCCGAGAUACGGCAGGUGGUCGGUAUUGUUCGAUGAAGUGACUAGAGCUGACAGUGGGAACUACACGUGUCUCGUAUGCAAUGAGUUGGGCUGUAUCAGCAACACAUUUGUUCUUACGGUGGUCGAGCGCUACCCGUCGAAGCCUUAUAUAAAAGACGGAUAUCCAGGGAACAUGACAGCUAUGGUGAACGACACCAUAAGAUUUUCUUGUCCGACUACAUCCGAUCUUAAGCCUUAUUUGUACUGGGUUAAGGCUUACGAUAAUUUCACUAUUACGGACGAAGGACUAAAUCAACCUACUAUACCAGGAUCUGAAAUUAAGAGUGACAACCCAGCAGACGAGCCUGACACGCUCACCGUUGCCAACGUGACCCUAGAGGACCAAGGAUGGUACGCCUGCGUUGCCAUGAACACCCUUGGAACUACUACGGCAAUGGGUUACCUGACAGUCUUGGAAAAAGCUUGUAAAUGUACCGACUAAUAUUCCCACUUUAAGAAUACUAUCGCCAUAAUAUAUUUGUUUUUAACUAAUUUAUGGCCUCGGCAGUAUCAGGAGGGCCUAGCGCGAACACCGAAGUCCGGAAAAUUGAGCAUCUUUCUCUUUUACUCCAAUUAAGGCGUAAUUGAGAGUGACAGAGAUUUCAAAAUUUACGAAUUUCGAUUUUUGCGGUUAUAGCCCAGCGUCGAGUGUGCACGCUCGAAGGGGCCGUUUCGAGCGUGCAUACUCAUUUCGUGGCCGAGGCAAAAGACCUGUCUCUAUUUCAGCAAUUUGAGUAUUACGUGCUUUUGCGAAACAAGAUUCUUUAAAACAAGAUUAAUUUUCGCAAAAUGAAAUUAAAUAUUUAAACCCCCAUGUAUUUUGUUUUUCUCUUGUGUAGUUUCAGAGUGAUAACCUCCACAGACGAGCUUGACACCCUCUCCGUUGCCAACGUGACCCUAUAGGACCAACGGCAAUGGGUUACUUGACAGUCUACGAAAAAGUUUGUAAAUGUACCGUAUACUCAGACCUGACCAGACCAGACCUGACCAGACCAGACCUGUUCUGUUAUUGAAGACUGUUCUGUAAUUGAGGUUAUUUUCUUUAAAAAAUUGGUAAUAGAUAUCAUAAAAUAUUAAAUAAGUACCUACUUAGGCAAGGUUUAAGAUAAACCCGUUUGGACUCGGGUACGUCCUUAAACUACGUCCAAAAGAGAGAUAUGGGCAUUGUGAAUGUCAUCUCGCUUUGUGUGGUAGGGCACAGCCAGUGGAUGUCCUGCCGGUGAGUAAGGUUGCCAGAGCUCAACGAGGGGGGGCGGGUUUAGGGUCGGCAACGCGCAUGUAACUCCUCUGGAGUUGCAGGCGUACAUAGGCUACGGAGACUGCUUACCAUCAGGCGGGCCGUAUGCUUGUUUGCCACCGACGUAGUAUAAAAAAAAACAUUUAAUUUAGGUACACAUACAUAAUCAUUAAAAGUCCAAAAUAUUUUGUAUUGCAAGCACCUAAAACAAUAUUUUAAGUAAUAAAUUAUAGUAAAAUUACUAAAAUGUGGAUCCAAUUAAUUAAAUAAAAAUUGGACAUUGUUACAGAAGCAAAUUGAUUAAUUAUAGAAUUUGUAUUUUAGAUAAAAAAUUAAGUUAAUAUAACAGUCGAGGGGUUAAGUGUAUUUUUAGCCUACUUAAGGGUAUAAAAAUAAUAAUUCAUUGAACGUGGCUUUUACAUUUAUUUUAACACAUGCUUGAAUCUGUAAAAAUAAACACAAAUAAUAUUUUGAUAAGGAUCCGAUAAAGUUUUCCGGCGAUCCGGUGUCGUGCGGUGAAAUAUAGUGAAAAUGUUAAAUAUUUCUGAUAAUGCAUGCGCUAGAUAACCAUAAUUAAAGUACGUCGCAGGACAUGUUACAGAAAACAAAAAUCGUUUAUAACAUCUGUAUUAAUUACCUGUGAUAUACACUAUAUAAAUAAAUGAUAAAUGAUUCUAAAU